GCAACGCAUCGGAAAGAGCUCACGCCACAUCGCAUCGCAUCGCAGAAGACAUCCUUUAGUUUUAAUAUACAGGUUAUAUAUACAUACCUACAUACAUAUAUUCAGGUAGGAUGCUAAAACUGGUGUCAAAACAGCUGAGGAGUCACCCGGCUUUGAUCCCUCUAUUUGUAUUCAUCGGUGGUGGAGCAACGAUGUCGAUGCUCUAUCUCUGCCGCCUGGCCCUCAAGAACCCAGACUGCUCGUGGGAUCGGACCAAUAACCCUGAACCGUGGAACAAGCUUGGCCCUAACGAUCAAUACAAGCUUUUCUCAGUGAACAUGGACUACAGCAAACUGAAGAAGGACAGGCCUGAUUUCUAAGCCUACCCUGGGUUAAUAUACUGUAAAUGGCAAAGUGAGAAAUCCAAGAGCUGCUGAGCUGCACAUCAUUUGUGAGAAAGAAAUGGAACAUUCAUGAUGCUUCCGUACACACAGUACACAUUCAUGAAUAUAGAAAGAAACAUUAUGUUUUUUUUAUGGUUUUAUUAUUAUUGAUUUAAAUAAAUGUAUUUAGUAUAAUUCUUAAACAGAAAUGAUUCAGUCAGGAAAUAUGUAAAAUAUGUUUGAUUUGUAGAAUAGUGGAAAAGUUUGGCUCAAAUUACAUUGGUUGAUAUUGUUUUCACACAGUGAUUUAAUAUUUUUCUGUAUGUAUUGGCUAGGCUCCCACAUGUGACAUGCUAUCACACGAGAAAUAAAUAUAAAAGUUUAUUGAAUCUAAUCAUCUUGUGUAAAUUAUAUAUUGAUUUACUAUAUUAAUGUUAUUCACUGUUUAAAUAUUUGUUUUUCUGUAAUACAAUGCUGCCUAAA